AUGGACGGCGUCCUCGCUAGCCCCUCGCAUUUGCAACGGAUUCGUAGAAUCCAGGCAGGGCUUGGAUAUAUCGCCAUCGCCAUCGCCAGCGCCUCGUGAAGUUGAAGCUCGGCCUCGGUCCUCAUGUGGGGAAGGUCAAUCAAGCCCAAGCUGAGGUGGGACCGCGGAUCCAAGGAAGCCGCGGACCCACUCGAUUCCAGCAAUAACAACAACAGCAGCAGCAGCAGCUUUAACGCAGGAAUUGAAGCUGUGGAUGCGAUGCAGGAUCUGCCUCGCGAUGGGUCGUUGCGCGUGGCGCAGGAUGGGAGUGGCCACUUCCGCACUGUUCAGGCUGCCAUCGACUCACUCCCCUUACCCAACAACAAGCGCGUUGUGAUUUGGGUUGCUCCUGGCGUGUACCGCCAGCCUGUGUACGUGCCCAAGCAGAAGAAAUUGAUCACCAUUCGGGGCGAGGAUGCACACAAAACCAUACUGACAUGGGCGAACACGGCCACGAGCAUUCAACACGACCUAUCAUCUCAAGUGAUCGGGACGGGGACAUUUGCAUGCGGCACGGUGAUAGUAGAAGGAGAAGAUUUCAUUGCCCAGAACAUUACCUUCGAGAAUGCAGCACCCAAAGGGUCUGGCCAAGCCGUGGCAAUUAGAGUUACGGCCGACAGGUGUGCGUUCUAUGAAUGCCGCUUCCUUGGUUGGCAGGACACUGCAUAUUUACAUUACGGUAGGCAGUACUUUCGGAACUGCUACAUCGAGGGCAGCGUCGACUUCAUUUUCGGUAACGCCCAGGUGCUACUCGAAUACUGUCACAUCCACUGCAAAUCUGAUGGGUUCAUCACCGCCCAGUCCUGCAAGAGCCCCGAUGAGCCCACUGGCUAUGUGUUCCUACGGUGCGUGAUCACGGGAACUGGCACCCGGCCAUAUAUGCAUCUCGGCCGGCCAUGGCAACCUUGCGCGCGCGUCAUCUUUGCCUUCACAUUCAUGGACGGGUGCAUCGUCCCAGCUGGUUGGAAUAACUGGAAUGACAAGGAAAAGGAACGAACUGCCUGCUUCUACGAGUUUCGGUGCACUGGACCUGGGAGCGACGUCACCCAGAGGGUUCCGUGGAUGCGCAAGCUGACUGAUGCAGAAGCUGCAAGAUUCCUGUCUGUGGACUUCAUCGAUCAGCAGCGGACAUGGCUCACUCGGUCUCCUCUCAAGGCUCCCUACAUUCCAGAACCUAUAUCGGCCUGAUCCUUGCUCUUUGGUAUGUGGUGGAGUAAUGUUGCGAUGCGUGUCUACGGCACUGAAAUCGGUCAGUUCACCCUUCGAGGGCUCUCUGUCGGAGGACUGCCUGUCCAUGCUUUGCAUGGCAAUGGCUCUAGAAGAGCUUGUCUUGUGCCAUCGGUGGCGCGGCUGCUCACACAUUUAACGACGCAGCAUGUAUUUGUAAGUCAUUAGCUUUGAUUUUCUGUCAUGUGUUGCAUACUCGGAAAUCCCCUAGGCCUGCUGUACCAUCAACGUUCCGCUGAACUUGUUGUUCAUCACUACUAGAAUCACCACGACCUGCAUCAUUCACAAAUCCUCUUUAGGUGAUAGUGAAUGCGUGCGGCGAUUUAGCUUAAAUGCGUGCGGCAGUCUCUCCAUUUGAGUUGGCUGUGUAUGUUAUCUUGAAAGUCUUCAUCGGAAUUGGAAUUGAAAUCAGUUGUAAUGCAUUUAUAAGUCUUUGGCUUC